CUCCCACCGCUGGUCUGUGUGGGUGGCGGUUUCCUCUAUCAUCGCAGGAAGUACUUGUGCCUGAGCAUGCGCGUUGCAUAAGCGCGCCUGAAACCCUCGUUUCUACUGUUCGCUGACGAGGAGGUUUUGUUUAGUGGAAGCGGCCAUUUUCCUGAUUUUUGAGCAGUCGAGGACGGCUAACCUAGUCUCUGAAGCUAUCGAAUCAAGAUGGAAAACAGUGAAGAGCCUCAAAAAAAAGUUUUUAAGGCCCGCAAAACCAUGCGCGCAAGUGAUAGACAACAGCUUGAAAGUGUAUAUAAAGUAAAAGAAGAGUUUUUGAAGAACACUGAUCUGAAGCUGUUAAAUGGAAAACAUGAAAAUGGGGAUUCAGAUAUCAGCUCUCCUUUACUAAAUUCUGACUGCAUUGAAGAAAGAGAGGUGAAUGGCCUAGAAGAUGUAUGUCUUGAUUCUGAAGACAGAAAAAUAGAAGCUGAUGAAAUCACUGAUGUCAAAAGUCCAGAUAACAAGGAAAACCAGCAUGGUGACUUAACAGCAAAAUUUGAAACUCUUUCUCCAGAAAAUGUGGUUUCUGAGCAACAUCAUGAAAACAGUAGCCCAUCUUUAAGCCCUGAACCUGAAAGUCAAGUACUUGAAUGUAAUAAAGAUAAUGACAUCCAAGAAGAAAUCAUUAUAAAAGAUGACCUGAAUCAUAAAGAUGUUUAUGUAGAAGAUACUUUGGACCAGAAAGCCUCAUCAAAUCAGACUGAAGAAGAAAAUAAAGUAACCUGUAACAUUAAUGACUACAUGAUAGAACCAGCAGAAACAAAUGAGCUGGCUAUUACUCCUGAACUGCCUAUGCAGGAAAAAUGUAGUGCAGAGGAAGCUGUUGUAAAAGAGAACAUUGAUGAGGAAGCAAUAUCUAGUAGUUUGAAUAUAGAUGAAGGUCCAGAGAAUGAAAUUAACAAAUCUGCAGAUGUUCUAGAGACCAAUGCUCAAAAAACUGUAGAUGAACUAACUGAGGGUAUGUUGGGAAAUGCAGCCAGCAUGGAAACAGAUGAAAUUAUUCCAAUUUUAGAAAAGCUAGCCCCAGCAGAUGAGUUAAAUUGUUUCUCUCAACCCAUCUUGCUUCCUGUGGAGACUCCCAGCUUAAGUCCGGAAGAAAAGGUAGAAAAUUGUUUAAAUUCUCCAUCCAAACAUGAAAGCAAUGAAAGUUUACCCAAAGAAGCUUUCUUGGUUCUUUCUGAUGAAGAAGAACUUUGUUGUGACAAAGGAGCUGUAGUAUUAAUGCCAAAUCAUGGAAAUCCUCCAGAAGUUAGAGAAGAAGAAAAAGAGAAAGAACUGGACCACACAGAAGAAAAAGAGCCCAACAAGGAGGAAGAGAAACCUCCAGAAAGAUGUGAGGCAUCAAGAAGAAAGCGUUCUAAAUCAGAGGAUAUGGAUAGUAUCCAUUCUAAACGCCGGCGGUAUCUGGAAGAAUUUGAAGCAGAAUUUGAAGUAAAAAUUACAACCAAAGGAGAUGUUCAUCAGAAACUUGAAAAGGUCAUCCAUCGUUUUCUAGAAGAGAAAUUCAGUGCCCUGCAGUGUGCUUUGUUUGAUAAAACACUAGUAGAUUUGAAAACCAGAGUAGAUAAGAUUGAAUGCAAUAAGAGACACAAAACCGUCAUUACAGAACUACAGGCUAAAAUUGCAAGAUUGACAAAACGUUUUGGAGCAGCUAGAGAGGACUCAAAGAAAAGACCAGAGACUCUACAAAACACACCCCAUUCCCCAGGAAAAGCAAUGGGUGAUACAGGCAGUGUCAACAGUGUGACAUAUCGAAAUGCUGGCACAGUGAGGCAGAUGCUGGAGUCCAAGAGGAAUGUAGGAGACAGUUCAUCAACUACUUUUCAGUCCCCUGUGAAUACAGUGUCUGCUGCUUCUCUUACUACUCCACAGACACCAGUCAGUGGACAUCCAAAGCCACAAACACCAGUUACUUCUGCAUCCCUCACAUCUGGCUCUUUGACAACACCUGUUCUUCCCACAGCUAACACUGCAACAGUAGUUGGUACCAGCCAGGUGGCUGGUGGCAACACGCAGCCAAUGUCUGUUUCACUGCAGUCUUUGCCAGUAAUCCUGCAUGUACCUGUUGCAAUGUCCUCUCAGCCUCAGCUCCUGCAAGGUCACACGGGAACCUUGGUUACUAAUCAGCAAUCUGGCAGUGUUGAAUUUAUACCUGUACAAAGCCAAUCAAAUGUUGGUAAUCUAACCAAAACUCCUUUGUCUCUAUCAUCGGCUAAUUCAGCAAAACCAAACAAUAGCCCUUCAGUGUCCGGUUCAAGCAUUCAGAGGAACUCUCCAGCUAGUGUUGGCUGUUCAAUAGGGACAACCCUUGCAGUACAAGCUGUUUCAACAGCACAUCCUGUUGCACAAGCCACAAGGACUACUUUGGCUACUGUGAGUACUUCAGGAAUAUAUACUCCUCCCAUCAGUAGGAGCUCCAUACAGAUGAAGAUUCCUAUAUCGGCCUUUAACAGUUCAGCUCCUUCUGAAACAAAUACUACAACACCUAGAGUUGAGAAUCAGACGUCCAGGUUGUUACCACCACCUCCACCGCCACCAGCAGAUAAUUCAGCAAAUAAGAAAGCAGCUGAAGUGCCAUCACAGACUGGAAAGGCUACAGGAAGUAUUGCAGCUGGAGUAAUUGAUCUCACACUGGAUGAUGAAGAUGAUGGUUCUUCUCAAGAUGGCAAGAAACAGAACCAGAACCAAUCUAACUCAUCUGGAAUAGGCCUAUCAGCCCCAUCUAUUGCUCGUCCCUUACAUCCAGCACAGACAAGCCCUCUCCAACAAGCGGGUGUGCCAACAAGUGGCCUGUCACAAACCACCAUACAUGUUCUCCCCACAGCUCAGACAACUGUGAAUGUAACACAUCGCCCAGUGACUCAGGCUACUGCUAGGCUUCCAGUACCAAGAGCUCCUGCUAACCAUCAAGUGGUCUAUACUACUCUUCCUGCACCAUCAGGACAGAAUCCUGUGCGAACCACUGUUAUGCAAAAUUCUGGUUUAAGGCAGAUCAACCCACAAAGUUCAGGUGUAACAGUGCGAGUGCCUCAAACAACAGCUUAUGUUGUAAACAGUGGGUUGGCUUUAGGAUCUGGUGGACCUCAACUCACAGUACAUCAUCGACCUCCUCAAGUACAUUCAGAGCCAUUGCGGCCUGUGCACCCAGCCCCACUGCCAGAGGCCCAGCAGCCCUCCCGCUUGCCUCCUGAAGCUGCUAACCAUUCUUUGCCUCAGAAGCCACACCUAAAACUAGCUCGAGUGCAAAGUCAGAAUGGCAUUGUGCUUUCCUGGAGCGUUUUGGAAGUGGACCGGAGCUGUGCCAGUGUGGAUAGCUAUCACCUAUACGCAUACCAUGAGGACCCCAGUGCCACUGUUCCCUCUCAGUGGAAAAAGAUUGGGGAAGUAAAGGCCCUUCCUCUGCCUAUGGCAUGCACACUUACUCAGUUUGUGUCUGGCAGCAAAUACUACUUUGCAGUUCGUGCUAAAGAUAUCUACGGGCGCUUUGGACCCUUCUGUGACCCCCAGUCAACAGAUGUGAUUGCUUCCCAAAGCAGUUAAACUUAAGACUUUGAAAGCUUCCAUUCUUGCCCCAUGGUUGUGGCUUACUCUAGUUUGGGGUUUGUUCUCAUGCAUGAAACUCAUUGUAAAACCUCCUCAGCAGAAAAUUGUUUUGGGCAGCUCUUUCAUAUACUACAGAACUUACAACCAAAACUGAAAUAAAUUCCUAGCCUCCAGUGAGAGAGCUUGUAUUUCUGAUGAAGUAGUCUCAUCUUCGCUCACAAGCCACUGAACCUAGUAAAUAGUGAGAUACAGAGCCUUGGGAAUUUGGCUUCUUGCUGACAUGUCUCAUGUGGCCCAGCAGAAAUGUCAAGCAUUGGCACAAGGGCAGAGAGUAUUUCAGCAGUCAGGUUAGGAAGGAAAUCUGGAUUUGUGCUUUCUUUGGUCCUAGAACAGUGACCAGUUGUACUUUAAAAGGCAUCACCUGCUUCCUAAAGGGCAAGGGAACUUAUCCAUGAUCAGUUCUUGAGAAAUGUACGUGGUUCUGCUUAUUGGAGUGAGAAAGGUUUCAGGUAGGUUUGUAGAGUAUUUGUCACCAGAACUUGGGAGUAUUUUGAAGCCCACACUAAAGCCAGGUUUGUAGAAAACUUCAUUUGCAUUUUCAGUAGCUUCCUGAUUCUCCUUUUAUGGUCCUUCUCUUUUUUAAAAAUAAUUUAAUUUGUGCCUUAAAUAAUAAUUUCAAAAAUAAACGCAGUCACACUUUCUGUGUUCCUCUUUCUUUGCCCUCCUUUCAAUAUUCUGCUCUUUUGCCAACCCUAGAAUGUCAUAAUCUCUCAUUGCAGAUUCACUUGACAAGUAAUACCCAGGUUUUCUAAUAAUUCAUGCUAAUGUUUACAUUACUUAUUUAAUGUAAUCUCUGAAGAUGCAUCACUCUCGCAAUGUCUGGCUGUGUCGUGCUGUUCUUGAGAAGAUGGUAGGUGGCCAGAAAAGAAGAAACUUCAUUGUCUUAACAAACGCACACUAAUACCUAGAAUUCUGUGUAACCAAAACCUUAUGAAAACAAAUUAUCCUAAUUCUGUACUGGCUGGGUCAAGACAACAGAAUAGAUCCUCCACUUUUUCCAAUUCAGCAAAGCUAAUACCUACUGCAAAUACAUAAGCCACGCUUGACAUGGAAAUCGAAGAAAGCUGUACCAUACUAUAUUCCAGAGAAAAACAGGACAUCCAUUGUCUUCCUGUUGAUAAUCCCUAUUAGAGAGAGAGUGGCAACUCUUCACUGCAUUGCCUGGCACUUCCUAUUACUGCCUGUUGUGAAGCAGAUAGGGUUGGAAUAGAAAUGCAAAGUUCAAAAAGGACAGUCAGAAGCUAGCUGAUACUAUGUAUUUUAGGAAGACAGGGUCUUAAUUCUGUUUCUGUGGGAACAUGUAUUUCAGUAAAGAAAAACCAUGAGUCUUGUGGCAUUUUGUGUCUUUUUUUCCCCUGAAUGAAGUGGAAACUUGUCUUUGUAAGUGGUGUAGUCAGAAACUGUUUUUGAGUGGAUGAAUUUUGUUCUGCUUAUUAGGAAUUCCUCAAAUCGUGAUCAGCAGGUAAUUGGCACAUAAUCAGUUUAUCACAUUUGCUUAUUACCUUCAAAAAUUACCUUGAUCUAAAGCAACCACUUAGCUAGAAACCAAUUUCUGAAAUAGUCACAAAUAAGAUUUUUUAUAUAUUUUGGGGGGUGUAUUUGGCCCACCUCUAAUAAUUUGUAUGCUAAAAAAUGCAAUAGGUAGCCAAUAGAAGGGACCAGAAAGCAAUGGAGGGAGCAUUUAAUUACAAAAACAUAAGAUUUUUUUUAAAGGAGUGUUGGACUCCGCUGUUCAAUUUGGCAGUCCCAAUUGUUUAUAGCCAAGUAUAUUGUUAUUUGUCCUUUCUCAGAUUUUACUGUACUUGGAUAAUAAAGUCAAGCCUGAGAACAUCUGGGAGGAAAGUAUACUUUCAUAAGGCGUGUAACUUUCUUUUUGGGGUUAGGGGACUGGAGCCUACAGUUUUAACAAGUACCAUAAGAGGUCAUUCAAGAACUUGCAUGGGAUGAAAGAUUUCAUUCCAUGUUCAACUAAGUUUGUAGCAUUAAUUUCAGCAUUUCUUAAAAUAGCAUUUUAGAGCAUAGUUUUUUGCCUUCUGAUUUAUGAGCUGCAACUGAUAGGGCAGGAUGCUACAUUUUCCAAAACAGAAUGGACAUGCCUCACAAAUUAUAUAAGGUGAUACGGAGUAAAGCAGAAACAAAUUAUUUUGUGUGUGAGCAACUGCAAACAAUUCAGUAUUUUGUAUUCUGUGCUUAAUUCUCUGCUUUGUCCCCAAAAAGUUAUCUGAAUCUGCAGAUUUGCAACAGAUAAUGGAAACUUUGUUUUCUAUCAAACUACUCUAAACAGGAUUACAUGGCAUCAGACUGGAGUGAUACCAGGUUUUUAUUAUUCUGUGCUCAUUGAGAAUCUGCAUCCCACUCAGCAUAAUUUGGAUAGAGGAGAUAUUUUCUGAAAGACCUUAAAGAAUAAAUGACAAGAAAAUUUCACUGUCUACAUUGUGCUAUAUUAGUAUUUUUUUCCCACCACACUUUCUUUACUGUGGUAUGUGGCUGGCCCAGUUUAAACUUUUUUUUCCUACAGCAGUUUCACUGUGAGACUAAAAUUUUAUAUGUAUUUCAGCAAUGUUCUGCUCUUUGUCUUUAAUGCUGAGAAUACAGCUACUAAUAACAUCAAGUUCCAUUUCAGAAGAAACAUAAAUUAUAGAAGUGAGCUAGAUGAUUGCUUUUGGUUGUUAGCUUAUUUCCAUUUUCAAUUUUUUUUUUCAAGUUACAACUCAUACAGAUAAAACCUCAACAAUUGGUUGGAUUUAGAUUGUGAAGAGAGCAAGAGAUGCAACAUAUGCUUUUUAUAUUAGCAAUUUGAUGGCAGAAGAUACUGGUGUUCAGUGAUACUGUCAAAUAUCCUAAGAACUCUGAACAAAAAAUGCUAUAUUUAAGGUUUACUGAAACAUCCAGAUUAACUCUAGUCUGUAUUUUCAGUGUGUUUGGGCAAUUUCUGUGCCUCUUAAAAUCUAAAUUACACACAAAAAGACAAGAUAAAUUGUGGCAAAGUGAGAGCAACCUGUUAGAAUUAGAACAUGUGUUGUACUGCAAUAAAUUACACCGGUUUGCUCAUUCAAGGUUAGACUGAUCCAAUCAAUUAUUACUACUUGUCUAAGAGUUCUUUGGCUCUAGAAUCCACAUUACAUGUAGAGUUGGUGCUUCAGUAGUUUUAUAUUUGUUCCUUAACUUGCCAUAUCACAGUAUUAGCUAGGAGAACUGCAACCAGAGUAUGAAACUACAUUGUGAUGAUGCUAUCUUAGAACUUUUCGUAUUCUCAUUCAUUCAGUGGCAAAAAUGUCCAUUUUGCAUAUGAAAGCUUGCUAUGUUGAAGAUCUUUCCUCAUAUUUGGGGUGUAUGAAAAUUGGGUAACCAUUUUCAGCAGUACAGAAGUAAUGUUGAGAUUAAUGUACAAGUAUGCAAGUUAAAAUUGUUUUAUCAUUAGAUCUCACUUAUAUUUUAAAGCAGAUGGAUUGGUUUCUUACCUCCUUGUGCUAGCUUGAAAAUAUAUUUUAAGGCUGAGUUUAAAUUUUAUCUGUAAAUAAAGCAACUGGACAGCCAAAACUUGAGGUACUCUUCAGACUUCAGUAAUUUAUCAGCACUGACAAAAUAAACUUAUACAAAACACCUUAUAGAAAUUUGCACUCUUGAUUUUUUUCUUCAACAGAUGAACAUGUAAAUAAAAAUAAUGUAGGAUGUACCAAAAAGUCCAGUUUAAGCAGGACAGUGGCAAGUUCUCCCUAACUUUUAUAUGCAUUGUAGACUAGUGUCUGUAUAUGUGUUAAUUGUAGUGGGGUUUUGUCUGAUACACCUGAGAUUUAUACUUUGAAAUAAACUACUGGGUUUUUAAA